CCCACAGGAUGAGCACAUUCUGUCUCAUCCUUCGUGAUCUAGUUCUCAUCUAACCAACCUCUCAUCAGCAAUCAACAAUGAUCUUUAUAAAAUUCGUGAUCUAAUUCUAAUCUAACCAACCCCUUUCCUAUGUUUCUCACUUUUGUCUCUGAGCUGAGAUAGGGGUCAUGCGACUGCCUGUCUCAUCUCUUCCCGCGUAAACCCUUCUUCCCUCCUUCUCGUCUGUGAUCCUUGUCGUCCCCAAGUUUUCAUCCUUCAGAUGGGGACCCUGUCUUCUCUCACGAUGUCGUCCUUCUUCACCGGCGAGAGAGCUGUCGUCCUCUUCUUCAUCUCUCUCAUCCUCUGCUCCCUCCCCUUCUCUCUUCUUUCCCACGCCCUUACCCUCUCUCUCCUCACUCUUGCCUCCCUCUUCCUCGAGAUCCGCUUUGAGGCACCCAAUUCUCUCUCACUUUUCCCCACUCGGCCUGGUGCCUCAUCUGGCAUACUGCUUGGGACGGUCACUCUGCCGGCGGUCAUUCUCUCAAAGAUGAUACAGCUAUCAAGAGGAUUGUCGUUGGGUGAAGUUAAAUUUGAAGAGCUUCACUAUCUGACAUUGCAAUACUGGGCAACGUCUGCCAGCAGCGUGGGUGUACUGAUAUUCCUCAGCUUGAGUCUGCGGCAUGCACCAUGUUCACGGAGUGAUCGGGUUUUAAAGUUCAGCUUAUGCUUCAUGUUCUUACAUGCUGCAUUGUGCUGUGUGUCCCUUGCUACAAUAUAUCAAGACUUGCACCCAGCACUAAAACUGUCCUGGUUCGUUUGUCACGCAUUGGCAGCAGUGAAGUUAAUUCAGCAUUUUCUCACAACUUUUCCAUCUUGUGCUUCCAUUGGGGAGGCUCUUCUUGUGACUUCAGGUAUUGUUCUAUAUUUUGGUGACAUGUUAUUGCGUACGAUGGAAAAGCUAUCUGGACUUUCGAUGUCAUUGGAGUUGCAUCCUACAGAAUAUGGAAUUAAUCGAAGUGAGAUAAGCACUUUUAUUCAGGGAUUGUUGCUUGGCCUUCUGCUGUAUUCAUUAGCUUUCAAAUAUAUUAUUCAAAUAGGGGAGUGGUUCAUCAAAGCUGCUUCUGCUGAAACAAGAUACAAUGAGAUUGGAAGAUCUCUUGUAUUUUUUGCUUCCCUUGGAUUUGUCAUGAUUGUGAUUGGACCAUCAUGGAUGCAGUUUGUUCAGGAGUUUCAUGUGCAUCCCAUUUUUUGGGUUUUUUCUUUUGUAUUUUCGGAGCCUGUCAAAAGACUGUCAUUAUGUAUAUAUUGGGUGUGUGUCAUCUGCUUUUCUGUUUUGCGAUUCUAUAACAUUUCAAGAAGCAGUAAGAUUGAGAGGAUUCUUUUGCGGAAAUACUACCAUAUGUUAGCUGUCUUGAUGUUUUUGCCUGCUCUUAUCUUUCAGCCAGAGUUUCUUAAUCUAGCUUUUGGUGCAGCUUUGGCGGUUUUUUUGACUUUAGAAAUUAUUCGGGUGUGGAGAAUUUGGCCUUUGGGACAACUGGUGCAUCAAUUUAUGAAUGCAUUCACUGACCAUCGUGACUCUGAUCUCCUUAUUGUCAGCCAUUUCUCACUCUUACUGGGCUGUGCACUUCCUAUUUGGAUGUCUUCUGGGUACAAUGAUCGACCUCUAGCCCCUUUUGCAGGAAUAUUGAGUUUGGGAAUUGGGGAUACAAUGGCUUCAAUGGUUGGGCACAAGUAUGGUGUUCUGAGGUGGAGUAAGAGUGGCAAGAAAACUAUUGAAGGUACGGCCGCUGGUAUCACAUCUGUCCUGGCUGCUUGCUCAUUGCUCCUUCCACUCUUAGCGUCAACGGGACAUAUUCUUACCCAGCAUUGGUUCUCUCUACUAAUAGCUGUGACCGUAAGUGGUUUGUUGGAGGCCCACACCGCACAGCUUGACAACGCAUUCAUACCACUUUUCUUCUAUAGUCUUCUCUGUUUGUAGAUGCAAUUCCUUCCUCCCCAAAAUAAAGUUGCCUUGGAUGAGCAGCGACGGAAUCCAGCGGAACCCUUCAAGAUUUCUCAUGACGAGCUUUCUCUGCUUACAUUCUUUUUGUGUAUAUGUUCAUGUAUCAACUAAUGCAGCGGUACUGACACAGAAUGCUAACAGAAUUACGUUAUAGCAAUAUAAUUCUUGAUAGUUUAGGCUGAUAUAAACAAUAGGGUUUUAUCUUACAGAAGUGACGUGGAUAGUUUUCUGCAUAUGGUAGACCAUAUAGACAACUUCUUUCAAAGAAAUGAGAUGAUAUGUGGCUUGGGGAAGAGUAGACUAGAAUGUAGAAAGCGGUUGAACAUCUAGCUAACUUGAUCUGAAAGAAUUUUGUCUACCUUUCA